AUGGGGGGAGGCCGCCACCGCAGGCUGCGCGCUGCCACACCGGAGUACGACUUGGAAGGUUUCGUGUUCUUCACGAUCAUACUUGAGAAUUCCUCCAAGAGGCAGAGGCUGCCUGACACUUUUAUGGAGAUGCUGGACGGCCAUCGGCCAAAGAAUGUGAAGCUGCGACAGGCCGACAACAAGCUUCACAGGCUUUGGGACGUGGAGGUGGUGAUCAGGAACGACCACAUGUACCUGUGUCGGGGCUGGGAGCAUUUCGUCCGUGCCUACGACCUGCGGCACGGGUACUUCCUUGUCUUCAGGUACGACGGCGACGCCAUGCUCAUCGUGAAGGUGUUCAACAAGACUAUGAAUCGAAGCAGCAGCAACUCUGGCUACAGAAAAAGCGACGGCAAGUCUGGCUAUAGCGAAAGCCGCAGCGAGAAUGAUCCAUAA